CCACGUCUGGUAACCAGGCAACGGCUUCUUGUUGCUGGCUUCCUUUCCCGGCAUGCAGCAGGGGGGCAAGAUGGCCGCUGCCAGCGGUGCUGUUCUUCGCAGAGGGAGCAAUGAUGAUUCGUGAAGGGAAUGGAGGAGGAGGAGAGUUCAGUGUUUCUCCUGUGCCUGACGGCCACCAGCGGGGUGCCCCUGUACUGCAGGAGCAAGGGCAGCAGCAGGCAGCUGACGUUCUCUGUUAUUGGAUCACUGAAUGGGGUGCAUAUGUUUGCCAAUAACCAGGAUGUUCUCCUGUCUUCUACACACACUACCAAUAGCACAGUGGUGUGGAGAACGUUCCAUGAGAGCAUUAAUCUAAUAGUGAUGUCCCGUGAAAGCACAGCCAGCGAAUAUUCACUAAACAAGCUCCUGGAGAAUGUUUUCAGUGCCAUGGUUCUUGUGAUUGGGCUGGAUGAUCUUGUGAAUAUUAAAAAUGUGGAACGUUUGAAGAAAGACCUGCGGGCAUGCUACAAGUUGAUUGACAGCUUUUUAACGGAGUCCGAGAAGAUGGGAGACCUAACACAAUGCGUGGACUGCGUCAUUGCUCAUGAUGUGGCCAUUCUCCAGGAGUGUCUCGAUGGCUUCACCCAAGCAGCAGAAAGUGAAUUUGGCUGUCUUAUGGCUGGAGGGAAGCUUGUGGCAGCCACCGAGAAGUGGUGGAGACUGGCAUCUCAGGAUGUGAUGUUACUGUGCUGGUUGGUGGCGUCCUUAUCGCCGCAUUCAUCCCGGGAUUACCCUGUGUACCUGCCCCAAGGGAGCCCUACGGUCCCUCACAGAUUGCUUACCUUCCAGUUGGUUCCUGGUGUAGACGCUUGUGUACUUUGCGGCCCCAGUCCUUCUCUGCAGAAGGUCGAGUCAGAGCUGGUGGAAAGAUUUUGGAAACCUGUUGUGGAUCCAAUUAAGGCCUGCUUAAGAGUCCAGCUAAGAUCCUUCCCAGUUUCUCUCCCACUUCACCGUGGAAUUUUGGGUCUCUUGCUAGUCAACCGGGACCUGAAUAAAAGCUUAUACACCGUGCAGGUUCAUCCUGUGGAAGAUAUGCAGAGAACAGAACUGAAAUUAACCUUGGAGCGGCGCAGGGCAGCACUUCGAUCCUUUUAUACGCUCGCCAUAUCUCGCUACUUCCAAACAGAGCAGCAUGAUGGGAAGAACAUUCAGUACGAGGAGACGUUCCCAAUGGGCUUCAGCCAUAGUGCUCACCAGUGCUACACUGUGUCCGCCUCGCACAAGUGCUACGCGAUGAAGACCGAACUGCACCUGCUGUUUCUGCUGUUCAAGCAAGAAGUGCCUACUUUUAGCAUGCAAGCUAUUGCUAAUAAAACCAUACAAGUGUUUACCAAGGACUUUCCAUUCUGAGGUUCGUUAUGGUCGCCAUACAGGAUCUGUAUCCUUAUGCUUUGUGAAACCCUGAUGAAGCUUUCACCUUUCUGUUGAAAUAGGUCUUGUAUGGGCCACUUCUAUUUCCUAGUGAGGUCCUGGUUUGCAUAACAUCCAUUGUUCAGACAACUGUUAUGUAGAAUGCAUUUAAUCCUUUAUUUUGACUAUUUAUUUAACACCCAGACAUUGAAAAUGUCAGGUACUGAAAAACCGAGAGGUCAAAUAUUUAUAUAUCCGAUAUUCCACUCAUUGUGUACUGUAACUGUAAUUUUCCCUUUCUCCUUACCAGAAAUCAGUGAGUACAAUAGUGGCAUUUCUGUAACACACAGAUUCCGGGGUAAAUUAAAAAAAAUAUAUAUUUUUUUGCAACAAAUUAACAUGGACACAUUGCAAUUACUUAACUGUCCAUUCUCUUAUGCUGCAUUGUCUUAAGGGGCCAUACAUCUGGCAGGUUAAGGGGCAGUUCCCUAGUCUGAUGCUUCCUCGAUCGUGGGAAAUCCAGCUUGUUGGAAAUCUUUGAUUCACCGAUUCCGGCCAAAAAAUGAUCGGGUUCGGGAGUCGGGGAUUUUUAACAUGCCGUUUUUCCAGAUUCCAUGACCAAUCGCUGAUACUUGAUGAACACCAAUCUGCGUUGUGGAUGGGCAUCUGGAAAGUGCACGUCUGAUGUAUAGCCUGCAUUGCUGUACUGAAUUUGGUUUGUAUGAUUUUGUUUUUAACUUUGCCUACUAUUUAAACAUGAGUGUGCUGUUACCUUAUACACAACUGCCCAAUCAACUUAGAAGGAGGCAUAUUUAUCUUCUGUCGUAAGGUUGGUGUCACGGAGGCUAUGUGAAUGCUGAUCGUUACAAUGUUUUCUGACACAGACCUUAUGCCGACACAUGUAGACAUGUGCCGCCACUAGUGCAGUUCUCCUGGAGUCAGUUUGUACAGUUGUAUCACAAAGGAUCCUGUGCAGUGUGAUUGCCUGAUGACACACUGGGCCUGACUGAAAUGGGAGUACAGCUAAAAAGAGCAGGUGACUCUGCACCUGGGCAAAAUCAUGCUGCACUGCAAGUGUGGGCAGAUGUAACAUGUGCAGAGGGUGUUAGUUUUGGCAGGAGCGCGUCCAAACUCAAAUCUAAAUUGCAGUGUAAAGGUGCGUACACACUAGACGAUAUCGUGUAUGAUGUACCCGAUUCGGACACAUUGUUCACGAUAUCAUCCAGUGUGUAUACACUAAGUUGCUGACGAUGUGCGCUCCUGUGCGUCGUCAGCCACAUCCUCCGUCGAACCUGCAUGCCGGUACAACAGGAGAUAUCGCCAGCAAGGUCCAUGCUUCCGAAUGCAACCCCCCCCCCCACCACCACCCCUUCGACUUCUUUCUUCACUGCCGGAAUCGGCAAGUGUGUAUGCACUUGCUGGUGCCGGGUCCCAUCACUGACGACAUUGCAUUGUUUGUGAUGUCGUCCUAGUGUGUAAAUAGCAUAACUAUAAUGCUGCCCAGUACUUGUGGGCUACAUGCAAAAGCAGUCAGUAUUUACCUUGCAUGCAAACUAAAUAAAUGUAUUUGGCGGUGCUCCUCUUUUCUACUUCCCUCCCAACUCAGGCCCACAGACGUCUAUCCGGUCAUCAGCUAUCCAUAUUCUUAAAUCUGUACCACUGGGUUGGAUUUAGAUCAUGAGUUGUGUAGACCAUAAAAUGUGAGCCCGCCAUGGCUCUACCUACAGUAUUUUUAACUGGAUUCAUACUGUACAUGUUGUAUUCAUAAUGCUCCCACUGCUGUUUCUUCAGGAUCUUUUUACCAGCUUUUAGUUUAUGACAUGACUUCUCCUUUAGUAUGUGGGAAGGAUGGGAUUGUCUUAGCACUUUCCCUAAGAGCCGUCAGCACAUCACAUCACACAAAUAGGCCUGUGCACUGAGAGGCAGCAAGCUUCAGGCUCCAGGAACAUGCACCAUUUCUUAUACCGGCUAUAAUAUCUUGUACGUUUUUAUAAACAAUGUAAAUAUUCUAUAUUUUUAAUGGAUUUUAAUAAAGGAAAACCAUUAUUCCUG